AUGGAUGUACGUGCGAAACGCUUUUUAUGGAAUUGUAUCUUGACACUGACGCGUCAGGAUCGCAAAUCCGUUGUGAUUACAUCACAUUCGAUGGAAGAAUGCGAAACUCUAUGCAACCGACUCGUUAUAAUGGUAGCCGGAGAAUUCAAAUGUCUGGGUAGUGUUCAACAUUUGAAAGAAAAAUUUGGCGAUGGCUACACGAUUCUAAUUCGUACGAAUGUUGAUGUCGACCGGCAAAUCGUGAUUGAUUACAUUCAAAAAUCGAUCCGGGAAGCGAUCGUUAAAGAGGAACAUAACAAGAUGAUCCAUUUUCGCGUAUCGCCCAAUAUUUCCCUACACAGAAUGUUCACUGUGCUCGAAACUGCUCGGGAAGAGCUAAUCAAUCUUAUAGAAGAUUAUACAGUCACCCAAGUAACACUUGACGAUGUAUUUGUUAAUUUUGCUAAAGCACAACAAGAUAAUUCGGAUAUGCCGCACAAAACUGACAAUGAAGAUCUUUACGAGCUAACUUGCCGAAAAGCUAAUCGGAUUGGUGGGUUUAAGCUUAUGUUCAAACAGCCUAGUUGA